AUGUAUUUGCUGCCCUCAACCCCUCAACCCCCUCAUCCCCCUCAACCCCAUCCGGUCCCGUCUUCUGCCAAAGUUGUCCUUGUCGUCCGGUGUCGUCCGGUGUCGUCCUCACUCAGCACUUAUGAGGGGGGGCGGGCGGAUCGCCGCUCAACACUUCCUAAGCUCACUAGUGGCAUGAUCUGCGACGGACGUUUAUUAACAUCGCAGCAUAGAAGGCACUCGCGAAACCCACCUCCUAGAACACUUCCCAGCAUGUACGGAACUUCCACCGGCCCCCAAACGGGUGUCUCUACCCCUCGAUCCUCCUCCUCUCUCCGCCCUCUCGUUCUCAAGCAUGGCUCCCUCGAGCACUCCUUUUUGAUACCCACGAAUCUCCAUUUUCACGCCUCGCAGAUCAGCGAGCGUUUCUUGGCCUCCCUGCCCGCCCCAACAGACGAAUUGGCGCAAGAUGACGAGCCUUCCUCGGUCGCUGAACUCGUUGCUAGAUAUCUCGGAUUCGUCGCGCUCGAUGUCGAGGAGGGCGAGGAUGACGCACAAGGCUCAUACGAGGGUGUGCUGAAGCUCGUUAUCAAUGAGUUCGAGAGAGCGUUCCUGCACGGUAAUGAAGUCCACGCUUUGGCUGGAAGUCUCCCAGGAAUCACCCCCAAGAAGCUCGAGGUUGUGCGAAGCUACUAUGCUGCUCGUGCAGCUUCUGGCCGAGCCAUCAAGCCUCAUGAAUCCGCCCUGUCUCGUGCGGCCGACGAGACUGCGACCAUCUAUACCAUUUUCGGUGGACAAGGAAAUAUCGAGGAAUACUUUGACGAGCUCCGGGAGCUCUACAACAUCUAUCCAUCUUUUGUGGAGGGAUUGAUUCUUUCAGCCGCAGAGCUUUUGCAAACACUGUCACGGGACCCUAGAGCAGAAAAGCUCUAUUCUAAAGGCUUGGAUGUCAUGACAUGGCUCCACGAUCCAGAGGCGACUCCUGAUGUGGACUACAUGGUCUCCGCACCCGUCAGUUUCCCGCUGAUCGGUCUUGUGCAGCUGGCACAUUACACGGUUACGUGCAAAGUACUCGGUCUUACCCCAGGACAAUUCCGGGAACGCAUGAGCGGAAGUACUGGUCACUCUCAAGGUAUCGUUUUGGCUGCGGCUACAGCUGCCGCCGAUUCCUGGGAGUCCUUUGACGAGAUCGCAAUCUCUUGUGUCACUAUCCUCUUCUGGAUUGGGUCUCGCAGUCAGCAAGCAUACCCAAGAACCUCCUUGGCGCCUUCAAUUUUGCAAGACUCGGUAGAAAAUGGGGAGGGCGUCCCAACUCCUAUGUUAAGCAUCCGAGAUUUGUCACAAGCUCAGGUCCAGGAGCACAUUGAUGCCACGAACCAAUAUCUCCCCGAAGACAGACAUAUCGCGAUUUCCCUUAUCAACAGUGCUCGUAAUAUGGUCGUUACUGGACCUCCUAUCUCCCUCUAUGGUUUGAACUUGCAACUUCGAAAGGUCAAGGCUCCAACCGGCCUCGACCAAACCAGAAUCCCUUUUACGGAGCGAAAGGUCAGAUUUGUCAACAGAUUCCUGCCAAUCACAUCGCCUUUCCACAGCAAGUACCUGGCCGAGGCCACUGCCCAUAUCGAUGAGGAUCUGAAGGACAUUAAGAUCUCCAGCAAGGAUCUUGCUAUCCCAGUAUUUGACACCAACACCGGAAAGGAUAUCCGAGAGGAGAUCAGCGGGAAUGUGGUACCAACUCUCGUCCGCUUGAUCACUCACGAUCCGGUGAAUUGGGAGAAAGCUACCAUUUUCCCUGGCGCAACUCACGUGCUGGACUUUGGCCCAGGUGGCGUCUCUGGGCUCGGUGUUUUGACCAGCCGUAACAAGGACGGAACUGGCGUUCGUGUCAUUUUGGCUGGUUCUAUUGAAGGUACUGUGCCCGAAGUCGGAUACAAGCCUGAGCUUUUUGAUCGUGAUGAAGAGCACGCCGUCAAGUACGCAGUCGAUUGGGUCAAGGAACAUGGCCCACGUCUCAUCAAGACUUCCACAGGCGAAACAUAUGUCGACACCAAGAUGUCUCGCCUCCUGGGUGUUCCUCCAGUCAUGGUUGCCGGUAUGACCCCCUGCACAGUUCCUUGGGAGUUUGUGGCAGCCACCAUGAACGCUGGUUACCAGAUUGAACUGGCUGGAGGCGGCUACUACGACGCCAAGACUAUGACUACGGCUUUGAGAAAGAUUGAGGAGGCCAUUCCCGCUGGGCGUGGUAUCACUAUCAACUUGAUCUACAUCAACCCUCGCGCCAUGCAAUGGCAAAUUCCUCUUGUGGGCCAGCUCCGCGCUGAGGGUGUCCCAAUCGAAGGGUUGACCAUUGGAGCCGGUGUUCCGUCUAUUGAAGUCGCCACUGAAUACAUUGAGACCCUAGGAUUGAAGCAUAUCUCUUUCAAGCCAGGAUCUGGAGAGGCCAUCCAAGCUGUCAUCAACAUUGCCAACGCCAACCCCACUUUCCCAGUCAUGCUGCAGUGGACUGGAGGUCGUGGUGGUGGACAUCACUCUUUCGAAGAUUUUCAUCAGCCCAUUCUUCAGAUGUACGGGCGAAUCAGGAGAUGCGACAACAUCAUUCUUGUCGCAGGAAGUGGCUUCGGUGGAUCCGAGGACACCUACCCAUACCUCACUGGUGCCUGGUCCGCAAAGUACGGUUACCCACCAAUGCCUUUUGACGGAUGUCUCUUCGGGAGCAGAAUGAUGACGGCCAAAGAAGCACGCACCAGCAAGAACGCCAAGAAAGCCAUCACAGAGGCAGAAGGUGUCGACGAUGCUCACUGGGAGAAGACCUACAAGGGUCCUGCCGGUGGAGUCAUCACUGUCCGCUCCGAGAUGGGUGAGCCAAUCCACAAGUUGGCUACCCGUGGUGUCAAAUUCUGGGCUGAGAUGGACCAAAAGAUCUUCAGCUUACCCAAGGAGAAACGUGUGCCGGAGUUGAAGAAGAACCGUGAGUACAUCAUUAAGAAGCUCAACGACGAUUUCCAGAAGGUCUGGUUCGGUCGCAACAAAGAUGGCGAGACGGUCGAUCUUGAGGAUAUGACUUACGGAGAGGUUGUCCGUCGCAUGGUGGACCUUAUGUACGUUCAACAUGAGUCUCGCUGGAUCGACAAGUCCUAUGAGAAGCUUACCGGUGACUUCAUCCGCCGAGUCGAAGAGCGCUUCACCGUCGGUGCUGGCAAGCCUUCUCUGCUCCAAAGCUACACUGAACUCGACAACCCCUACCCAACUGUUAAGAAAAUCUUGGCAGCCUACCCCGAGUGCGAGACGCAAUUGAUAAACGCCCAAGACGUGCAACACUUCCUCCUUCUCUGCCAGCGCCGUGGACAGAAGCCAACCACUUUCGUUCCAUCUCUCGAUGAAAACUUUGAAUUUUAUUUCAAGAAGGAUUCCUUGUGGCAAUCUGAGGAUCUCGAGGCUGUCAUCGACCAGGAUGUUGGCCGGACUUGUAUCCUUCAAGGGCCGACCGCCGUCAAGUACUCCAAAAUUGUUGAUGAACCCAUUCAAGAAAUUUUGGAUGGCAUCCACCACAAUCAUAUCAAGGGCCUCACACAGGAGAUCUACGGUGGCAAUGAGUCGUCGAUCCCAGUCAUGGAAUAUUUCGGUGGGAAGCUUAUUGAACCGCAGGCAGAGGUCGACGUCGAAGGUCUCACCAUCUCGCAAGAUGCUCACAAGAUAACCUACCGCCUCUCAUCAACCGCUGGAGCUACUCUUCCAUCUCUGGAGUCGUGGAUGACAUUGCUCGCCGGCAACAAGCGAUCAUGGCGCUACGCCCUUUUCUCUUCCGAGGCCUUCGUACAAGGCAAGAAGUUCCAGACCAACCCUAUGAAAAGAAUCUUUGCUCCCGUCCGUGGUCUCUUCGUCGAGAUUCUCAACCCCAGUGAGCCUACAAAGACAUUCAUUACGGUGAAGGAACAGCCAAGACCCAACAAGUAUGUUGAAGUCAUCAAUGUCAAAUUCACUGGCAAGAACGAGAUACUGGUCAACAUGAUCAAGGAUACCACUGCUGUCGGGAAGCCAGUUUCUCUUCCACUCAAGUUCACCUACCACCCAGAGGCUGGAUAUGCUCCCAUCCGGGAAGUCAUGGAGGGCCGUAACGAUCGCAUCAAGGAGUUUUACUGGCGCGCGUGGUUCGGUAACGAGACAAUUGAUCUCGAUGCCGCAGUCACUGGCAAUUUCAACGGUGGAAAGGCCAAGAUCACGAGCGAAGCUAUUAACGACUUUGUUCACGCCGUUGGCAACAAGGGCGAGGCUUUCGUCGACCGCCCUGGAAAGGAGGUGUUUGCUCCCAUGGAUUUCGCCAUCGUUGUAGGCUGGAAGGCUAUUACGAAGCCAAUCUUUCCCAGAACCAUUGAUGGUGAUCUUCUGAAACUUGUUCACCUGUCCAAUGGCUUCCGCAUGUUGCCUGGUGCCGAGCCUUUGAAGAAGGACGACGAGGUGGAGACAACUGCCCGCAUCAAUGCCGUCGUAAACCAAGCCUCGGGAAAGAUGGUGGAAGUCACUGGUACUAUCACUCGUGAGGGCAAACCCGUCAUGGAGGUCACGUCUCAAUUCUUGUAUCGUGGGGCCUACACCGACUUCGAGAACACCUUCCAGCGCAAGACAGAGACUCCAAUGCAAAUCCAUCUGGCCACCUCCAAAGAUGUUGCCGUCCUCAGAUCAAAGGAAUGGUUCUCUCUCGAUGAGCCCGAUCAUGAGCUUCUGGGCCAAACAUUGACUUUCCGUCUUCAAAGUCUAAUCAGGUUCAAGAACGAGACUGUCUACAGUAGUGUCGAGACCCGAGGUCAAGUUCUUCUUGAGCUGCCUACCAAGGAGAUCAUCCAAGUUGCCAGCGUCGAGUACGAGGCUGGCGUAUCCCACGGUAACCCAGUCAUCGAUUACUUGCAGCGACACGGUUCUUCCAUCGAGCAACCAGUCAACUUUGAGAACCCCAUCCCCCUUAGUGGCAAGACCCCUCUCCUUCUCAGAGCACCAGCAUCCAACGAGACCUACGCUCGGGUGUCUGGUGACUACAACCCCAUCCAUGUUUCUCGCGUCUUCUCAAGCUACGCCAACCUUCCGGGUACCAUCACCCACGGCAUGUACUCCAGUGCUGCUGUCCGAAGUCUUGUCGAGACCUGGGCUGCUGAGAACAACGUUGGGCGUGUCCGCAGUUUCCACGCCUCUCUUACUGGCAUGGUCCUCCCCAACGAUGACAUUGAAGUCAGACUUCAACACGUUGGUAUGGUUGCCGGUCGCAAGAUCAUCAAGGUGGAGGCCAGCAACAAAGAGACUGAGGAUAAGGUCCUGCUGGGUGAAGCUGAGGUCGAGCAACCAGUGACAGCCUACGUUUUCACUGGUCAAGGAUCGCAAGAGCAGGGUAUGGGUAUGGAGCUCUAUGCCAGCAGUCCUGUCGCCAAGGAAGUUUGGGACAGAGCCGACAAGCACUUCUUGGACAACUAUGGUUUCGCCAUUACCAACAUUGUCAAGAACAACCCGAAGGAACUUACCAUCUACUUCGGUGGACCUCGUGGUAAAGCCAUUCGUCAGAACUACAUGUCGAUGACCUUCGAGACUGUCGCAGCGGAUGGAUCCACCAAGUCCGAGAAGAUCUUUAAGGAGAUUGACGACAACACCACCUCGUACACCUACAGAUCGCCAACUGGCCUCCUCUCUGCAACCCAAUUCACGCAACCUGCCUUGACCCUGAUGGAAAAGGCAAGUUUCGAGGACAUGCGCUCGAAGGGUCUCGUACAAAGGGACAGCAGUUUUGCUGGUCACUCUCUCGGAGAGUACUCCGCCCUCGCCGCGCUGGCUGAUGUCAUGCCUAUCGAGAGCUUAGUGUCCGUUGUAUUCUACAGAGGCCUCACCAUGCAAGUCGCCGUCGAACGUGACGAGACUGGCCGGUCCAAUUACUCCAUGUGCGCUGUCAACCCAAGCAGAAUCUCCAAGACCUUUAACGAGCAAGCUCUUCAAUAUGUUGUCGAGAACAUCGCCGAGGAGACUGGAUGGCUGCUGGAAAUUGUCAACUACAACAUUGCAAACAUGCAAUACGUCUGCGCCGGUGACCUCCGUGCUCUUGAUACCCUGACCGGCGUCACCAACUACCUCAAGGCACAGAAGAUUGACAUUCAGCAACUUAUGCAAACCUUGUCGCUCGAGGACGUCAAGGCACACUUGGUCGAAAUCAUUCAAGGCUGUGCCCAGCAGACAGAGGAUAAGCCGGAGCCUCUCGACCUCCAACGAGGCUUCGCCACCAUUCCGCUCAAGGGUAUUGACGUGCCCUUCCACUCGACAUUCUUGCGCUCAGGAGUCAAGCCUUUCCGCUCCUUCCUUCUCAAGAAGAUCAACAAGACAACGAUUGACCACAGCAAGCUGGUGGGGAAAUACAUUCCCAACGUUACGGCGAAACCUUUCGAGCUUACCAAGGAGUACUUUGAGGAUGUCUACAGACUCACAAACUCGCCGAAGAUUGGAGCCAUCUUGGCGAACUGGGAGAAGUACGAGGAGCCGCAUACGAAUGGGGUUGUUAAUGGGACGAGUUCUACUGCUGUGAACGGUGCAUAA